ACCUGUGGCUGGAUCAACAAACAAAAGAUCACAAGACCUAUGACCACACACUCAAGGAAAAUAUCCCUCCAUUUACGUCGUCCACAGCACAAGGGAAAGGUACAGUAUACACAGCAUGUACAAAACAUUAAGAAGACCCCCCCCCCUUAAUUGAACCCAAUUUGUAAGCACUUUGUGGUAGAUCUAGAUCCUGACCAUUGGGAAGUAUUUUAUUUCAUGUACACCGUCCUGUUUUUCAGAGAAUAAUUGUUGUCUAAGUUUACCUUUGGGUGAAGACUAUGAGAGGAAGAAACAGAAGUUACAUCAAGAGCUCCGUCUGGACUACAGACACUUCAUGGCUCAGGUAAUAUUAUUACCAAUGCCAAAAGGUGUUAUGUAGUUGUUACUUACAAAUUUGUGUGUGCAAUAAACAAGAACGUGCAGAGUCAGUGCAGUUUUCUACCAAAUAUAUUUUUUAAAACAAUGGUCUCUGCUUUGGGUUGAUUUGACCAAUUUGGCCCUUAAUUAUAGAAAAAAAAUGUCAGUGCUGCUGAACCAGGCCCACUCCUCCCCCUUGUUGAGAGGAGAGCUGCUAAGGUAACCUAGGACAUUCUAUGUGUAGCCUAUUUUAUACCAAGCUCCGUCAACUGAGGCCGCUUAGAGUUCAUUCCAACUAGCCAAAUCAGACAGCCAACUUCUUAUUCAUCUUAUAUACACUGAGUAUACCAAACAUUAAGAAUACCUGCUAUUUCCAUGACAUAGACUGGCCAGGUGAAUCCAGGUGAAAGCUAUGAUCGCUUAUUGAUGUCACUUGUUAAAUCCAUUCCAAUCAGUGUAGAUGAAGGGGAGGAGACAGGUUAAAGAAGGAUUUUUAAGCCUUGAGACCACUGAGACAUGGAUUGUGUAUGAGUGCCAUUCAGAGGGUGAAUAGGCAAAAUAAAAUAUUUAAGUGCCUUUGAACAGAGUAUGGUAGUAGGUGCCAGGUGAACCGGUUUGGGUCUAGAACUGCAACGCUGCUUUGUUUUUCAUGCUCAACAGUUUCCCAUGUGUAUCAAGAAUGGUCCACUACCCAAUGGACAUACAGCCAACUUGACACAACUGUGGGAAGCAUUGGAGUCAACAUGGGCCAGCAUCCCUGUAGAACGCUUUCGACAACUUGUAGAGUCCAUGCCCCAUGGGGGGAGGGGGGCUGCGCAACUCAAUAUAAUGUUUGGUAUACUGAGUGUAUAUUAUUACAAAAGGGCUGGUAAAACAUGUCUCAGUAAAUGAAGAGAAUUUGCUCAAUGUUUCUUCUGUAAAAAAGUUAAAAGGGUGCUUGGAACCAAAAGGUGAUCAUCUUAAACCUUUUCCCCCUCAUACAUUCAGGACCAGAUUGCCUUUCUCAGAGCUCCUCCAGACCUCCCUGAUGUUUACAACAGCCCCAGACCCCCGGUGCACCCUAAGAGGGCCCCCUCUAGGAGAGACGCAGCCACACUGACAGAAGGCAAGAGGGGGCUGCACAGGGGAGGAAGCUUCCUGGUGGAGGGCCUGUGGCCUGAGGAUGAGCUGCUCCUUCCUAGAGAGAGGGCCAGGCUGGUGAGAGUGGACUAUGACUCUGAGGAGGACCUCACAGAGGAAGAUCUGGAUCUUAUGGAGAGGAGGAGGCGCAGACAGACGGGGUCUGAGAGAGGAGAAGAGAGGAGGCGGCUAAGAAGACACUACAAAACAGACUUCAGGUAUUUUUAAAUCACUCCCUUUGUGAUACAAAGCAUGAUGUUUGAAAACGUAUUGUUCAUCUUACUCUUUUUGCGCAGGGACAUAUCAAGGCUCAGGGACAGGAGAGUUGAGCUGCCUGACGACUACACAGAGACGAGUCAUUAUGCAGACAGGAAGGAGACUAACGGGUCUGUUGUUCCUGAUGAGGAUUAUUUAGAGGCACGCCAGGGGACAUCAUCUCCAACCCCCAAACCCAAGUACGUCAAACUAUUAGUAUUGAAUAACAAUACCUAUAAUUUUGAUACCACAAUCCUUUAGAAAUGUAUGUUAACACCAAUUUGUUGUAGAUUUUUAACGCAGUGCAUUUUCUGUAUGUAAAGUACAUUUGUGUGAACUGACAAAAUAUCUAGUCUAAUCUGGAUUAAAGUUUUAAUUUUCCAUUGUCAGGGACAUUGGAUGGAAAAGUACAAAUGAAAUAGGGCUGAUGUCAUACUGUAAUCUGUUGUGCCUGGAUCAUGGCUUGUUCAAGCUUCUUUAGAGAUUUAGAAUCCUCUCGUAAAAUAAAAUCAUAUGAAAUCCCCAAACCAGCCUAAAAUCAGACCCAAAAAACAGACAAACUUUCACAAAAACAUUGAAGAAUACUGAGCGAUAAGUGUCUAUCUGUAAAGUGUAAGUGUACUGUGAGUGCUGAUUGACAUCCUAUCUGCCAGGCUGCAGGUACCAGCAGGGAUGAGACCCAGUGGAAGAUCCAUAUCCUCUACCAAGAAGGACGAGCCUGAAUUUGCUACCGGACUAAUGAUUGGUAAGACCAAUUCUGUUCAGAUUUUUCUUCACUAAGGUUAACUACAUUAGUUUAUUUGUUGAUAUUUCUCAAAAAAUGUGGUAUGACAUGAAUCUGACAGGGGCUGAAGAUGCAGAUGCUGCCUUGCAGAGAAGGAAGGAGAUAUACAGGCAGGAGCUGCAGGAGCAGAUAGCUGAACAGCAGAGGAAUAAGAAAAGGUGGUUGUUCAUGUCUGUUUGAUCCUGCUGUAUGUGAAGAAGAAACCCUUACAUUAUCCAUCUUAGUGAGAUGAGCUAUAGGGUCUACAUAGACUUAUUUUAGCAGCAUUGUAGUCUGAGGUAGAUUUAUUUAUAAGGCUGCGUUUACACAGGCACCCCAAUUCUGAUCUUUUGCCAGUAAUUGGUCUUUUGACCAAUUAGAUCAGAUGUUUUGCCUAAUAAUUGGGCAAAAGAUCAGAAUUGGGCUGCCUGUGUAAGUGCAGCCUAAGAUAUUACUGCUGCUUACUAGUUUGAAGAACCUCAUGAACAGUCUUAUGUCCUUUGUCUUAUUAGGGAGAAGGAUUUGGAGCUCAGAGUUGCUGUGACAGGGGCGACUGACCCGGAGAAACAGGCAGAUCGGAUCAAACCGUUUGGAGCAGUGAAUGGUGGCGACCAUGCCAGAAAGAGAAAAGACAGCUGGUACCCACCAGGCCAAGGUGUGGACAUACCAGGGGAUGAGUUGAAUAGGAGACCCAGUGAGGAGAACCGAGAGAGGCUUCCCCCUGAGCAGCCCCGCGUGGCCUUCCAGUCGCCCCUGCUGGAGUACAGCCACGCCCUGGGCCUCAGCAGUGGAGGCAUCUCCCCUUACAGCCAGGCCAUUCACAGGAGCAUGGACACCCCCAGGUAGCUAAGAAGCAGUAAUCCUCGUCUGUGUCCCAAAUGGCACCCAGGCUCUGGUCCUCGAGUGGCGCAGCGGUCUAAGGCACUGCAUCGCAGUGUAGUCUGAGGUAGAUUUAUUUAUAAGGCUGCGUUUUCGAUCCCAGGCUGUGUCACAGCCGGCCGUGACCAGGAGACCCAUGAGGCGGCGCACAAUUGGCCCAGCGUUGUCCAGGUUAGGGGAGGGUUUGGCCGGCCGGGAUGUCCUUGUCUCUUCGUGCUCUAGCGACUCCUUGUGGCGGGCCGGGCGCCUGCAAGCUAACUUCGGUCUUCAGUUGGACGGUGUUUCCUCUGACACAUUGGUGCGGCUGGCUUCCGGGUUAAGCGGACAGUGUGUUAACAAGCAGUGCGGCUUGGCAGGGUCGUGUUUCGGAGGACGCAUGGCUCUCGACCUUCGCCUCUACCGAGUCCGUACGGGAGUUGCAGCGAUGGGACAAGACUAACUACCAAUUGGGGAGAAAAAGGGCUAAAAGUACAAAAUUAAAAUAAAGUGGUGAAUUAUAUAGAAAAUAGGGUGCCAUUUGGGAUACACACCUGAUCUAUUCAAUCUGAUUAAUACACUAGAUUGUUUGACAAAAUUAAACAUUGCUGUAUGAUUUUGAAUUUCUGUUUCAGGAUUCCAGGUUUCCUUCCUCAUCCACCAUCCACAUUGGCAGAUGCACAAAGAACUCCCUAUGAUGAGGCCCAUCUCUACUAUGGCGCAAGGAAUCCACUGGACCCUAACCUGGCCAACUGUAAGCACUACCAGUCUGAAUUGAAUAGUCUAGCUACAUUAGUAGAUUCAAAGGGUUAAAUACUAGUAAAAAAAGAGAUUGAUUGGAGUGAAAGCGUAUGUUCUAUGAUCUAGCGUAAUUUGUGUUUUGUGGUAUUAUAUAAUGUGCAUUAGGCUACAUAUUUCAUGUGUGUUAGCUAGGAAAUGAGCCCAUGUCAUGUUGCUAUACAUUUAGAAAGAGGUGUACAUUGGUUUGACUGAAAGUAUGUUCAUUAGUGUUUGGUGGUUCUAUGUUAGAUGGUCAGAUCCCGCUGACAGGAGGGGGUCACCCUGUGUCCUACCUGAGCCUUCCUCCUGCAGGGCUUCAUCCCAGCCAGAUGGGUCAACACAGCCAGCACAGUGGGAGCAGCCAUCCAGAGCCCCCUCCACAGUAAGUACCCUACUAGUCAUCUGAUCCUGUCUCUUCCCUUCAAAACCCACUCUUCAGUAAGUAAGCCUUGUCCGAGCCAAAGUGGCCCAUAGGGUAGGAGCCUAUCUCCUGUUUCUGUAGCAUGAGGCAGCUUGAUGUACAAUUACCCCCUGGACAGGACGCUAGUCUCUUCAGGUGGUGAGUAGUAUUCUCUAUUCACCAGUAGAGUGUACCUCCUCUAAAGCUACCCUAUCUGUGCCCUGUGUUGGACUUCUGAGAAGGUCAUGCUCACUGGCCAUCUGGACAGACAGGACUGUUGUUCCCUCCCUGCUGAGUGACUGCUGCAGCCUGCACUGGUCUGCUCUGGACACCUCUGAUUUCUCCCUCGUCCCUCACAUCUGCCCUCUUUCUCUCUCCCAAUAACUGUCCUCUCUCUCACUCUCCCUUCUCCACUGUCUAAACGUCUUUUUCAGUGAUAGAAGGAAAUGCAUCAAUGUGACAAACCACAUCAAUUGUGUAUCUCCUAUUUGCCAUACCUUUUUGUAUAGUAUUGAUAAUUUCAAAUUGUUACAGAGAUGCCUUUCAUAGUAGUGAACACAAAUGAAUACAUGAGUGAAUUCAUAUUUAAUCUCUCUUUCAGCAGACCUGCCAGUGACGCUGCUACCAUGGGUUCAGGGAUUGGAGUAUUUCCCGCUGAGCAGAUCAAGCCAUCUAAAGAGAGUGUGAUAAGUUACAAGGAGGCACUGAGACAACAGGUACAUUUUGAAUGUGAUGGUGGAAGGCAGCAGUGUCUUUCUCCGCUAUGCUUGCAUGCAUUUCGUCACAGUGUGCUAUUUCUGCAGGGAGACACCAGGAAAGGGAGGGGUCAGCUUUUUUGCCAGGUAACAUACAGUGAGGGAAAAAAGUAUUUGAUCCCCUGCUGAUUUUGUACGUUUGCCCACUGACAAAGAAAUGAUCAGUCUAUAAUUUUAAUGGUAGGUUUAUUUGAACAGUGAGAGACAGAAUAACAACAAAAAAAUCCAGAAAAACGCAUGUCAAAAAUGUUAUAAAUUGAUUUGCAUUGUAAUGAGGGAAAUAAGUAUUUGACCCCCUCUCAAUCAGAAAGAUUUCUGGCUCCCAGGUGUCUUUUAUACAGGUAACGAGCUGAGAUUAGGAGCACACUCUUAAAGGGAGUGCUCCUAAUCUCAGCUUGUUACCUGUAUAAAAGACACCUGUCCACAGAUGCAAUCAAUCAAAUCAGAUUCCAAACUCUCCACCAUGGCCAAGACCAAAGAGCUCUCCAAGGAUGUCAGGGACAAGAUUGUAGACCUACACAAGGCUGGAAUGGGCUACAAGACCAUCGCCAAGCAGCUUGGUGAGAAGGUGACAACAGUUGGGUGUGAUUAUUCGCAAAUGGAAGAAACACAAAAGAACUGUCAAUAUCCCUCGGCCUGGGGCUCCAUGCAAGAUCUCACCUCCUGGAGUUGCAAUGAUCAUGAGAACGGUGAGGAAUCAGCCCAGAACUACACGGGAGGAUCUUGUCAAUGAUCUCAAGGCAGCUGGGACCAUAGUCAACAAGAAAACAAUUGGUAACACACUACGCCGUGAAGGACUGAAAUCCUGCAGCGCCCGCAAGGUCCCCCUGCUCAAGAAAGCACAUAUACAGGCCCAUCUGAAGUUUGCCAAUGAACAUCUGAAUGAUUCAGAGGAGAACUGGGUGAAAGUGGUGGUCAGAUGAGACCAAAAUCGAGCUCUUUGGCAUCAACUCAACUCGCCGUGUUUGGAGGAGGAGGAAGGCUGCCUAUGACCCCAAGAACACCAUCAAACAUGGAGGUGGAAACAUUAUGCUUUUGGGGUGUUUUUCUGCUAAGGGGACAGGACAACUUCACCGCAUCAAAGGGACAAUGGACGGGGCCAUGUACCGUCAAAUCUAGGGUGAGAACCUCCUUCCCUCAGCCAGGGCAUUGAAAAUGGGUCGUGGAUGGGUAUUCCAGCAUGACAAUGACCCAAAACACAUGGCCAAGGCAACAAAGGAGUGGCUCAAGAAGAAGCACAUUAAGGUCCUGGAGUGGCCUAGCCAGUCUCCAGACCUUAAUCCCAUAGAAAAUCUGUGGAGGGAGUUGAAGGUUCGAGUUGCCAAACAUCAACCUCGAAACCUUAAUGACUUGGAGAAGAUCUGCAAAGAGGAGUGGAACAUAAUCCCUCCUGAGAUGUCUGCAAACCUGGUGGCCAACUACAAGAAACGUCUGACCUCUGUGAUUGCCAACAAGGGUUUUGCCACCAAGGACUAAGUCAUGUUUUGCAGAGGGGUCAAAUACUUAUUUCCCUCAUUAAAAUGUAGAUCAAUUGAUAACAUUUUUGACGUAUGUUUUUCUGGAUUUUUUUGUUGUUAUUCUGUCUCUCACUGUUCAAAUAAACCUACCAUUAAAAUGAUAGACUGAUCAUGUCUUUGUCAGUGGGCAAACGUACAAAAUCAGCAGGAGAUCAAAUACUUUUUUCCCUCACUGUAUAGGUAACUGCCAUAAUAAUCGAAGUAAAUUAGGGAUACAAAGUAUAUUUAAAGCAGGUGCUUCUACACAGGUGUGGUUCCGGGGUAUUAAGCAAUUAACAUCCCAUCAUGCUUAGGGUCUUGUAUAAAAAUGCUGGUCAGGCCAUUAUUUUAGCUACCAUGGCUAUGCCCCAUAGCAUUACAAUUCCCCCAUCCACAGGGCUUGAGUGGUCACUGAAUGGUUUGAUGAGCAUGAAAACCAUGUAAACCAUAUGUCAUGGCCGUCUCAGUCACCAGAUCUCAACCCAAUUGAAAACUUAUGGGAGAUUCCUGAGACAGCGUUUUCCACCACCAUCAACAAAACACCAAAUGAUGGAAUUUCUCAUGGAAGAAUGGAGUCGCAUCCUUCCAAUAGAGUUCCAGACACUUGUAGAAUCUAUGCCAAGGCACGUUGAAACUGUUCUGGCGGCUCGUGGUUGCCCAACGCCCUAUUAAGACACUUUAUGUUGGUGUUUCGUUUAUUUUGGCAGUUACCUGUAGAAUCAGAUUUUUUUUAAAUUGUUUUUCUGAACCCAUUCCCUCAGACAUUCUCACAGCAAUAUACCAAUAGGUAUGCCUAUCAAUAUACCAUUUCACUCUUCUCUAUUGUCCUCUUCGCGUGACCAUUGAAGACAAAAGCACAUCUGGGUUGUACAGAAUCUAAUAACUUUAUUUUUCCUGUGAGGGAACUUCAUUUUUAGAUAAUUGGUAUUCUAAUGAAAGUGUUCCAUCCAAACCUGACUUCAGAUCCAGGAUAGACAGGAGCGGCGGAGGUUGGACAGGGAGGAGAGGGAUCGCUACGAGGCCAAGCUGGAGGCUGACAUGAAGAACCACGAGCCCUGGGGGAGAGGAGGAGGAGGAGCACCUCUCAGAGACAGCAGGGGCAACCUCAUCAGUAUGUUCUCUCUGCUACUUCCCUCCCUCCACACUAUGGUCCACAUAUUCUCUUUGUUUUCUCACCUUUCAGUAGGUAUAUACUACCAGUCAAAAGUUUACUCAUUCAAGGGUUUUUCUUUAUUCUUACUAUUUUUUACAUUGUAGAAUAAUAAUGAAGACAUCAAAACUAUGAAAAAACACAUGGAAUCAUGUAGUAACCAAAAAAGUGUUAAACAUAUCAAAAUAUAUUUUAAAUUUGAGAUUCUUCAAAGUAGCCACCCUUUACCUUGAUGACAGCUUUGCACACUCUUGGCAUACUCUCAACCAGCUUCAUGAGGUAGUCACCUGGAAUGCAUUUCAAUUAACAGGUGUGCCUUCUUAAAAGUUAAUUUGUAGAAUUUAUUUAUUUCUUAAUGUGUUUGAGCCAAUCAGUUGUGUUGUGACAAGGUAGGGGGAGUAUACAGAAGAUAGCCCUAUUUGGUAAAAGACCAAGUCCAUAUUAUGGUAAGAACCGCUCAAAUAAGCAAAGAGAAAUGACAGUCCAUCAUUACUUUAAGACAUGAAGGUCAGUCAAUACGGAACAUUUCAAGAACUUUGAAAGUUUCUUCAAGUGCAGUCGCAAAAACCAUCAAGCGCUAUGAAACUGGCUCUCAUGAGGCAUGCCACACGAAUGGAAGACCCAGAGUUACCUCUGCUGCAGAGGAUAAGUUCAUUAGAGUUACCAGCCUCAGAAAUUGCAGCCCAAAUAAAUGCUUCAGAGUUCAAGUCACAUACACAUCUAAACAUCAACUGUUCAGAGGGGACUGUGUGAGUCAGGCCUUCAUGGUCGAAUUGCUGCAAAGAAGCCACUACUAAAGAACACCAAUAAGAAGAAGAGACCUGCUUGGGCCAAGAAACACGAGCAAUGGACAUUAGACCGGUGGAAAUGUGUCCUUUAGUCUGGAGUCCAAAUUUGAGAUUUUUGGUUUCAACCACCGUGUCUUUGUUAGACGCGGUGCGGGUGAACGGAUGAUCUCUGCAUGUGUACUUCCCACCGUAAAGCAUGGAGGAGGAGGUGUUAUGUUGUGGAGGUGCUUUGCUGGUGACACUGUCUGUGAUUUAUUUAGAAUUCAAGGCAUACUUAACCAGCAUGGCUACCACAGCAUUCUGCAGCGAUGCGCCAUCCCAUCUGGUUUGGGCUUAGUGGGACUAUCAUUUGUUUUUGAACAGGACAAUGACCCAACACACCUCCAGGCUGUGUAAGGGCUAUUUUACCAAGAAGGAGAGUGCUGCAUCAGAUGACCUGGCCUCCACAAUCACCCGACCUCAACCCAAUUGAGAUGGUUUGGGAUGAGUCGGACGGCAGAGUGAAGGAAAAGCAGCCAAAAAGUGCACAGCAUAUGUGGGAAUUCCUUCAAGACUGUUGGAAAAGCAUUCCAGGUGAAGCUGGUUGAGAGAAUGCCAAGAGUGUGCAAAGCUGUCAUCAAGGCAAAGGGUGGCUAUAUAUUUUGAUUUGUUUUCAACACUUUUUUGGUUACUACAUGAUUCCAUAUGUGUUAUUUCAUAGUUUUGAUGUCUUCACUAUUAUUCUACAAUGUAGAAAAUAGUAAAACAAUUCAGAAAAACCCUUGAAUGAGUAGGUGUGUCCAAACUUUUGACUUGUACUGUAUAUUUGGAGACUGAGCGCAGAGGAAAGAAUGUGUAAUGUUUUAGAACCUUUGUAAAGAUUAUUACUUAUGGUAAUUGUGUGAAUUGUCACUAGCCGAUCUGCACCAGAUGCACAAGCAUAAUGAGGAGGCCUACAUCAACCCUGAGACAUGGCAGAAGAUGGCGACAGCCACCAUGACAGUACUCCGAGAGGAGGACACUACUAGACCUCCCUCCACCCACAGAGUCUCAGGUAGAUACAGGGGCUUUCACAUUGAUGUGAUUCUCUAUCAGGAGUCUAUAUAAGGCAUAUGCAACAGGACAGAGGAAAGCUGCGCCCCAAAUGGCACCUUAUUCUGUACAUAGUUCACUACUUCUGACCAGAGCCCUAUGGGCCAUUUAGGACACAACCCAAAGUGGUAGUGGCACUCUCGCCAACCUGUCCAACACACUGUGUCAGGCUCAGCUAACAUGUUAUUUUGUCUGGUGUGUUUCUCUGUCAACAGGUUUUGUUCAGGCUCCUUUGUUUGCCAGAGGCAGUGUUUUUGGUAACCGGCCCACACCACAGCAAGUCCACGAACAGGACAAGCACAAGGCUUACCUCAAACAACAGGUACUGGAUGUCACCCCUCGGUACUGUGUGGCUAAAAUAGUAUUUUCACAUUAUCAGCUGAAAUUAACCUUCCCCUAAAUCACGUAAAAAAGCUUAUUGUAGAGUUUAAAUCAAACGUUGUUCUGAUGCACAUUGAUGGUUUGGUGAUAUGUGAUUGGAUACACAUACACACUCAGUGAUGACCCUGGUUGUCUGUCCUGCUGCCUAGAUUGAAGAGAAGCGGAGGAAGGAGGCGGAGGAGCGAGAGAGCCAGAGGCUGGAGGAGGAGAAGGAGGAGAAGAGGCUGGCUGAGCAGAGGGAACGCAUCCAGAGAGAGUAUGAAGAAGAACAGGACAGGAAGAAACGCAAGGAGAUGGAGGUCAGUAUUAACUGGACCAGGGCUUGGAUUCAGUAAGGGGGCUUUAGCAUUAGAUUACACUGCAAUUAUCUACUAUACUACUGCAAUACUCUAUGGAACACUAGUCACUUUAAUAAUUAUUACAUAUCUUGCAUUACUCAUCUCAUAUGUAUAUACUGUAUUCUAUACUAUUCUACUGUAUCUUAGUCCAUUCCACUCUGUCAUUUGCUCGUCCAUAUGUAUAUAUUCUUAAUUCCAUUCCUUACUUAGAUUUGUGUGUAUUGGGUAUAUGUUGUGAAAUUGUUAGAUAUUUCUUGUUAGAUAUUACUGCACUGUCGGAGCUAGAAGCACAAGCAUUUCGCUACACCCACAAUAACAUCUGCUAAACAGGUGUACGUGACCAGUAACAUUUGAUUUGAUGCUAAUAUGAGUGUAACAUUACUAUCAGCUGAAUGGUAUCGUAUGACAUGAGUCAUUCAGUUCAGUAAAUGUUUAUUGUAACACACACCACAUUUCAGGGGACUGAACAAGGUUUUUCUCCCUCCAGCAAAAAGCAAAGAAUGAGCAGCUGAGCCGUCUGGCUGAGGAGCGAAAGAAAGAGGCAGAGAGAAAGAAGAAAGAGGUAGAGGAGAAGGAGAACUCUGCCCUGAGGAAGCAGUAUGAGAAGGAGAGACAGGCUCGUCUAGAGGAGGUGAGCUGACUGGAAAACGCUCAGUUUGACCCUCUGAACAUCGAGGGGCGGGUGGUUUACUGUACACACAUUAAGCCUAUUCCUGGACUAGAAAGCAUGCUCAAUGGAACAUUUCCAUUUAAAGCACUCCACUUAAUCUGUGUCUGGGAAACUGAGUUCAAAUCAAAUGUUAUUUGUCAAAUACACGUGUUUAGCAGAUGUUAUUGUGGCUGUAGCGAAAUGCUUGUGCUUCUAGCUCCAACAGUGCAGUAAUAUCUAACAAUUUCGCAACAUAUACCCAAUACACACAAAUCUAAGUAAGGAAUGGAAUUUAAGAAUAUAUACAUAUGGACAAGCAAUGACAGAGGGGCAUGGACUAAGAUACAGUAGAAUAUUAUAGAAUAGAAUGUAGUAUAUACAUAUGAGAUGAGUAGUGCAAGAUAUGUAAACAUUAUUAAAGUGACUAGUGUUCCAUUUCUUAAAGUGGCCAGUGAUUUCAAUAGGCAGCAGCAGACUCUAAUGUGCUAGUGAUGGCUAUUUAACAGUCUGAUGGCCUUGAGAUAGAAGCUGUUUUUCAUUCUCUUGGUCCCAGCUUUGAUGCACCUGUACUGACCUCGCCUUCUGGAUGAUAGCGGGGUGAGGGUGGUUGAUGUCCUUGAUGAUCUUUUUGGCCUUCCUGUGACAUCGGGUCCUGUAGGUGUCCUGGAGGGCGGGUAGUUUGCCCCCGGUAAUGCGUUCGGCAGACCGCAUCACCCUCUGGAGAGCCCUGCGGUUGCAGGCGGUGCAGUUGCUGUAUCAGGCGGUGAUACAGCCUGACAGGAUGCUGUCAAUUAUGCAUCUGUAAAAGUUUGUGAUGGUUUUAGGUGCCAAGCCAAAUUUCUUCAGCCUCCUGAAGUUGAAGAGGCUCUGUUGCGCGUUCUUCACCACACUGUCUGUGUGGGUGGACCAUUUCAGUUUGUCAGUGAUGUGUACGCCAAGGAACUUGAAGCUUUCCACCUUCUGCACUGCAGUCCCGUCGAUGUGGAUAGGGGGGGUGCACCCUCUGCUGUUUCCUGAAGUCCACGAUCAUCUCCUUUGUUUUGUUGACGUCGAGAGGUUAUUUUCCUGGCACCACACUCCCAGAGCCCUCACCUCCUCCCUGUAGGCGAUCUCGUCAUUGUUUGUAAUCAAGCCUAUUACUGUUGUCGUCUGCAAAUGUGCUUGGCCACGCAGUCAUGUUUGAACAGGGAGUACAGGAGGGGGCUGAGCACGCACCCUUGUGGGGCCCCAGUGUUGAGGAUCAGCGAAGUGGAGGUGUUGUGUCCUACCUUCACCACCUGGGGGGCGGCCUGUCAGGAAGUCCAGGACCCAGUUGCACAGGGCGGGGUUCAUACCCAGGGCCUCAAGCUUAAUGAUGAGCUUGGAGGGUACUAUGGUGUUGAAUGCUGAGCUAUAGUCAAUGAACAGCAUUCUUACAUAGGUAUUCCUCUUGUCCAGAUGGGAUAGGGCAGUGUGAUGGCGAUUGCAUCGUAUGUGGAUCUAUUGGGACGGUAAGCAAAUUGAAGUGGGUCUAGGGUGACAGGUAAGGUAGAGGUGAUAUGAUCCUUGACUAGUCUCUCAAAGCACUUCAUGAUGACAGAGGUGAUUGCUACAGGGCGAUAGUCAUUUAGUUCAGUUACCUUUGCUUUCUUGGGUACAGGAACAAUGGUGGCCAUCUUGAAGCAUGUGGGGACCGCAGACUGGGAUAGGGAGAGAUUGAAUAUGUCCGUAAACACACCAGCCAGCUGGUCUGUGCAUGCUCUGAGGAUGCGGCUAGGGAUGCCAUCUGGGCCGGCAGCCUUGUGAGGGUUAACAUGCUUAAAUGUCUUACUCACGUCGGCCAUGGAGAAGGAGAGCCCACAGUCCUUGGUAGUGGGCCGCGUCAGUGGCACUGUGUUAUCUUCAAAGCGGGCAAAGAAGGUGUUUAGCUUGUCUGGAAGCGAGACGUUGAUGUCGGCGACAUAGCUGGAUUUCCUUUUGUAGUCUGACUGUAGACCCUGCCACAUACGUCUGGUGUCUGAGCUGUUGAAUUGCGACUCCACUUUGUCUCUAUACUGUUGUUUUGCCAGUUUAAUUGCCUUGCGGAGUGAAUAGCUACACUGUUUGUAUUCUGCCAUAUUCCCAGUCACCUUGCCAUGGUUAAAUGCGGUGGUUCUUGUUUUCAGUUUUGCUGGUGAGUUACCGCCGCUCUGAUAUCCAAUAGUUUUUCCCGGCUGUAUGUAAUGAUACAAAACACUUUCUGAGCUAAUAAUGUAAAAAAUUAUAUAUACAGUGAGGGGAAAAAAGUAUUUGACCCCCUCUCAAUCAGAAAGAUUUCUGGCUCCCAGGUGUCUUUUAUACAGGUAACAAACUGAGAUUAGGAGCACUCUCUGAGAUUAGGAGCACUCCCUUUAAGAGUGUGCUCCUAAUCUCAGCUUGUUGCCUGUAUAAAAGACACCUGUCCACAGAAGCAAUCAAUCAAUCAGAUUCCAAACUCUCCACCAUGGCAAAGACCAAAGAGCUCUCCAAGGAUGUCAGGGACAAGAUUGUAGACCUACACAAGGCUGGAAUGGGCUUCAAGACCAUCGCCAAGCAGCUUGGUGAGAAGGUGACAACAGUUGGUGCGAUUAUUCGCAAAUGGAAGAAACACAAAAUAACUGUCAAUCUCCCUCGGCCUGGGGCUCCAUGCAAGAUCUCACCUUGUGGAGUUGCAAUGAUCAUGAGAACGGUGAGGAAUCAGCCCAGAACUACACGGGAGGAUCUUGUCAAUGAUCUCAAGGCAGCUGGGACCAUAGUCACCAAGAAAACAAUUGGUAACAUACUACGCCGUGAAGGACUGAAAUCCUGCAGCGCCCGCAAGGUCUCCCUGCUCAAGAAAGCACAUAUACAUGCCCGUCUGAAGUUUGCCAAUGAACAUCUGAAUGAUUCAGAGGAGAACUGGAUGAAAGUGUUGUGGUCAGAUGAGACCAAAAUGGAGCUCUUUGGCAUCAACUCAACUCGCCGUGUUUGGAGGAGGAGGAAUGCUGCCUAUGACCCCAAGAACACCAUCCCCACCGUCAAACAUGGAGGUGGAAACAAUAUGCUUUGGGGGUGUUUUUCUGCUAACUUCACCGCAUCAAAGGGACGAUGGACGGGGCCAUGUACCGUCAAAUCUUGGGUGAGAACCUCCUUCCCUCAGCCAGGGCAUUGAAAAUGCGUCGUGGAUGGGUAUUCCAGCAUGACAAUGACCCAAAACACACGGCCAAAGCAACAAAGGAGUGGCUCAAGAAGAAGCACAUUAAGGUCCUGGAGUGGCCUAGCCAGUCUCCAGACCUUAAUCCCAUAGGAAAUCUGUGGAGGGAGCCACCAAGUACUAAGUCAUGUUUUGCAGAGGGGUCAAAUACUUAUUUCCCUCAUUAAAAUGCAAAUCAAUUGAUAACAUUUUUGACAUGCGUUUUUCUGGAUUUUUUGGUUGUUAUUCUCUCUCACUGUUCAAAUAAACCUACCAUUAAAAUUAUAGACUGAUAAUUUAUUUGUCAGUGGGCAAACGUACAAAAUCAGCAGGGGAUCAAAUACUUUUUCCCUCACUGUAUUAAAAAUAAAUAAAAUACCGCAAAGUUUCCUAAGAGCUAGUCGCGAGGCUGCCAUCUUCGUCGGCGCCAGGAUAGGUUUGAGAGUGAUGACAUUGUGGUUGUCUGUCUGAAGGUACCAAGGGAGCCGUCUCCCCCCAUCCCCACCCUCCAGAAGAGGUAUCAGGCUCCCCAGUACACCCCCAGACCUCCGUCCAUGGACAGCCGUCGCUCUACUGCCGUCCCCCUGUCUGUGAGUGACUUCCAGAGCCCACAGCAUGUCCUCUUCCACACUACCAUGGAGGGAAAUAGUUUUGACUGUGAGGAGAUAUUAGUGGAGAAGAAUGACUGGGUCUGGUGUUCCUCCCUCUCUUCCCCCUGUAGGAGCGUUCUCUAUCAGGGCUCCAGUCCCCUCCAGUCCCAGCCCGCAGGAACCAGCUGAGAGCUGCCGGUAACACUGACUCCCACAAUAAUACAAUGCAUAAUAGUUUUAAAAAACGAUUUUUCUCUCAACUUCUGUGAUACUGAUGUCUGUCUGUCUGUGCGUGCCAGAGGACCAGCGGGGUGUGAUCAGUGAACUGUCAGUUCUGCGCAGACGGCUGCGGAGCGAGCAGAAACGUCUGGAGGUCCAGCUGUUGCAGUCAGAGUGGGAGGAGCUGGACUCACCUAUGAGUGACAGGUAAGGCUGGUGAGGUGAUGCCCUCCACUGUUGGUCUCAUGGCUUCAGCAAGCCAAGGGUCCAGGCUGUGUUAGUUGUAGUGUCCUGUCUCCUGGCUGACCGAUACUGUGUCCAGACACAGGGACCGGGAGCGGCCCCAAGUGGAUGUGUUUGACAUGGCCAGACUGCGGCUGCAGGCCCCCGUCAGGAGACCCUCCUCCAGGAACGCAGAGCCCAACUACCUGCAUAGAAUCCAUGACUCGCUACAGCUCCGAUACAGAGGUGAAGGAAUACAGCGAUUGUUUGAUGAAUACUGGGCCGGUCGCAAAUGGCACCCUAUUCCCUAUGUAGGGUCUCAUCAAAGGAAGUGCACUAUAUAGGGAAUAGGGUUCCAUUGGCACGUAACUCAGGGCACUGAUUGUUAUACAUGAAGUCUAACAGCACAGUGUUCAUUAAACAAAUGCAGCAACUGGGGCUGUGUAGACACCCUAUGCCACUUUCCUUUUCAGUGCACUACUCUUUACCAGGGUGAUCAGUGUUGUCCCGAGUGGCGCAGUGGUCUAAGGCACUGCAUCUCAGUGCUUGAGGCGUCACUACAGACCCCCUAGUUCGAUUCCAGGCUGUGCCACAACCGGCCGUGAUUGGGAGUCCCAUAGGGCGGCGCACAAUUGGCCCAGCGUCGUCCGGGUUUGGCCGGUGUAGGCCGUCAUUGUAAAUAAGAUUGCCUAGUUAAAUAAAGGUAAAAUAUAAUAUAAAAUAAAUGAAGUAUUGAAUGGAGAAGUCAUUGUUUGUGCUGCAGACGUUGAUUCCAGAGAGGAGGAAGGCCAUGGUUACUGUGAGCCCCCUAGGGACCGAGCUGGACAGAGGGUGGACAUCCAGAGACAGGCUGAUUACAGGGUACAGCAGCGCAGGAUCCACAGCCUGAGGAAACCUGUUGACGGUCAGCAGCGUCACCACCAAACACGCACUGCAUACUCAAUAUCAACCUCUACUCACUGCCUACAGACUCAAUAUCAACCUCUACUCACUGCCUACAGACUCAGUAUCAACCUCUAUUCACUGCCUACAGACUCAGUAUCAACCUCUAUUCACUGCCUACAGACUCAGUAUCAACCUCUAUUCACUGCCUACAGACUCAGUAUCAACCUCUAUUCACUGCCUACAGACUCAGUAUCAACCUCUAUUCACUGCCUACAGACUCAGUAUCAACCUCUACUCACUGCCUACAGACUCAGUAUCAACCUCUACUCACUGCCUACAGACUCAGUAUCAACCUCUAUUCACUGCCUACAGACUCAGUAUCAACCUCUAUUCACUGCCUACAGACUCAGUAUCAACCUCUAUUCACUGCCUACAGACUCAGUAUCAACCUCUAUUCACUGCCUACAGACUCAGUAUCAACCUCUAUUCACUGCCUACAGACUCAGUAUCAACCUCUAUUCACUGCCUACAGACUCAGUAUCAACCUCAGUGCCUAAACACUCACUAUUAAAUACUCAUUGAUCACCUCACUGAUCACAGCUUUAUCAACUAACUCGUUAAGGGGCUUGAAAAUAAUUUGUCUUUGCAUUUUUUAGAUUGUUUUGACCUGUCACCACCCCAGCAACAAAACCAUUAUUUGGUGAGUUAAUUUAGCUAGUGCACUGAACUACGUACAGUGGUUUAUUUGCUGUACAGUACAGCUUGUCUGUUUGUGUCACUAAGCCUGUACACUGUUCUCCACAGAGGAAUGCAGUGGGGGAUCCUAUGAGAGGUUCCCUGUUGGAGUCUGACAGUGCAUUCAUUGGUAAGCACCUUGUGGUUCACUACUAGCCAUGUGUAGUAAGGGAAGGAGUGCGUUGGGAAUAACACAUAGGGUGCAUCCCAAAUGGCGCUCUAUUUCCCAAAUAGUGCACUACUUUUGACCAGAGCCCUAUAGGCGGCCUAUGGGCUCUGGUCAAAAGUAGUACACUAUAUAGGGAAUAUGGUGCCAUUUGAGAUGCACCCCAGGUUUUGUAAGGGAAAGAGUGCCUUGUGAAUCACACCAAUAACUCUAUUUAUCGGUGGUUUGUCUCCAGAUCCCAUGGGUGAAGCCUUCCCAGUGCCCUCCACACCUGAGCAGAAGCCCCAGCUCUCAGCCAGGGAAAAGAGGAGGCUGGCCAAGAGGGCAGACCUGCACAAUGUAAGGUCCUCUCUGUCUGACGGUGUCAAAUAGUUCACAGUUCAGUCUCUGAUAUCUGGGACCGUAUUCUCCAAGUGUCUCAGAGUAUCGGAUCAGGUCCCCCCUGUCCAUUUAAUCUUAUCAUGACCUAAAAGGCAAAACUGAUCCUAAAUCAGCACUCUGAGACACUUUAUCCAUAUAGCCCAUGAUCCCUACAUCGUGAAUAUGGCCUCACUUCUUAAAUGAAGACGUCAGUGGCAGCUCUCCAUUGAAAAUGCUAUAUUCCUCUACCAUCAUAGCUUGUGCUCUGGCUUGUUUAGGAGAGGGUGAGCUCCAGAGAGCCUGUUGGCCAGCCAGAGAACUACUCCCACCAGUCAGAGGCCAGUCUCAACACUGAGCAGCAUGACAGAGGGCGUAACCACCAUAAGACCAAGAGGCUGCUGGCUAUGAGCCACAACGGCCUCGGAACAGGUGGGUGAAGACCUUGGCCCUGGAACCAUGUUGAUGGCAAUGAUUACAGAGAUAAAACUGUGGAGGCUGUCAUAGUGUCCCAAUGUGCCGGAAUAGAACCAUCUCUACCUGGAAGAUCUCUAUUAAUAAUUAUUAGGAGGAUGAUGGAUGGGUUGUAGAUUGGUGGUAUCUCUUCAUGGUUGCUCUCUCGUCCAGCAGACCUGUCUGGAGAUGAAGAUGCCUCUCCGCAGGUUUCCCCUCGCGCCCCAGAACCCUGGGGCUCUGUGGAUACGGUUGCCAUGGAGCCGUGGAUGAGACCAGGCACCUCAGAGACUCUGAAGCGCUUAAUGACCGGUCAGACUCCCCGCAGGGAAAGGCUGACCAGCAGAGAGGCUGCUGUCCAGGACUGGGAAGGUCCCUCUACCUAUCAUGGCUAA